GCCGUCAUUGCGCAGAACAGUUUGAAACAAAAAGCGGAGUGACCUUCCUCCGCGUGCAAUCUGAGAGGGGCAGCACUGAAGCAAGAAGCCGGUCACAGCUCCCAGUCUCCCUUACAGCCUCAGAAAUGAACAACAACUUAGUUGGGGAUGAAGUCGGGAAACUCUUUGUUGGUGGACUAGACUGGAGUACAACACAAGAAACACUGAGAAACUACUUCUCCCAGUAUGGCGAGGUAGUAGAUUGUGUUAUCAUGAAGGACAAAACUACAAAUCAGUCACGAGGCUUCGGCUUUGUUAAGUUCAAAGACCCCAAUUGUGUACGAACGGUGCUGGAAACAAAGCCACAUAAUCUUGAUGGGAGAAAUAUUGACCCGAAGCCAUGCACUCCCAGAGGAAUGCAGCCUGAAAAGUCUCGAACCAAGGAGGGCUGGAAGGGCAGCAAAGGUGAUAGCAAUAAAUCAAAGAAGAUAUUUGUAGGUGGAAUCCCCCAUAACUGUGGCGAGCCUGAACUCAGGGACUAUUUCAAUAGAUUCGGAGUGGUCACAGAGGUGGUAAUGAUCUAUGAUGCAGAGAAGCAGAGGCCCCGAGGUUUUGGAUUUAUUACUUUCGAGGCCGAACAAUCAGUGGACCAGGCUGUCAACAUGCAUUUUCACGACAUCAUGGGCAAAAAAGUGGAAGCAAAGAAGGCUGAACCUCGUGACAGUAAAGCUCCUGGCCAGCUUGGCCCUGGUCAGUGGGUACCCAGGGGCAUCUUGACUGCAGCUAAUGGUUGGACAGCACAGCCGGCCCCAGGCUGGCAACAGCCUUAUGGGGCACAGGGAGUGUGGGUAUCAGCUACUGGUCAGCCCAUAGGUGGGUAUGGACCACCGCUGUCAGCUAGCCGAGGAACCCCUACGCAACCUCCAUCGCCCUUUAACGCAUUCCUGGUCACAACUCCGGUUGGCAGCUUUGCUGCACCUCAGGGCUACCCUCAGCAGGGCUACAGCACAGCACCUCAGUUUGGUUACAGUUUUGGCACACCCCAUGCAGACCAGUAUGCUCCACAAGUUCCUCCUCCACCCACCACUCCAGGAACUGCACCGCUGGGCUUUGCCCCUGCCACCACACCAACUCAGGAUUUGAGCAAAGCGCCCACUGGGCAGCCUGACUUUCCAUAUAGCCAGUAUGGCUUGGGUAACUACCCUCAGGACCCCUCUGCCUACGGACCAACGCGUCCUUCUCACAGUUAUGGUCAGGAUGAGCAGGGAGGAUAUAGUGCAGGUUAUGGUCAGGACCUGACAGCCUUUGGUCAUAGCUUCACAGAUCCCAGCCAGCCAGCUGUCUCGUAUGGGGCCCCAACAGCACAGCCUGCCGCCGCUCCCCAACCCGCCGCAAGUGCGUUUGGCCGAGGGCAGAACCACAAUGUACAGGGCUUCCACCCCUAUCGACGCUGACCACAACCACAGGGUGGUGCCCGUUGUGUAAAGUUAAGAAACAAACAAACAAACAAAAAAAGUCAGGGAAAAGAGUGUUCAUGCUUAAAGGCAAAACUGGAAUUCUGAAUUGUUUGUUAGGAAUGUUGAAUGAACACAAGUUUGUGAAACUGAAGCCUUUUGUGGAAACGGGGAUUCCAGUGAAUUUUAAAGACGUUUAAAAAUGUUUUUCUUUGCAUAAAUUAAAGAUUAUUCAGCAGAAAGAAGCUUUUAUCCCCCACCUCCUCCACACCUGUGUUUUAUAGAACUAAACAACUUUGCAAUAAUUUUGAUUGUCUGGUGAAACACUAGCACAGAUAUAUAUGUAAAGAGAUUUGCAUUUGAAUAUGUAUAUUUAUGGUGGCUACAAAAAAAAAAAAAAAAAAAGAACAGGGUCUCAAGUUUCCUCAGCUUUAAAAUCUAGGAAAAUGUUUUUAUUUUUCAUUUGGUGAAAUUUUGUUUACUUUCUGAGCCUUUAAAGUUUGUUUAAAAUGGAGAUAUGAAUAUAUAUAAUUAUAUAUAUUAUACACAAACUGUGCAAUUUUUUAAAAAGAGAAUUUUGUACUAAUGUACAAUGCUUGUUUUUUAUUUAAAGAUGUAGACUUCCCUCAGGUGGCUGUUUUGGGUGCAUUUUUUGCACUUAUGCAAAAAGGAUAAAAUGGACAAAUUAUUACAAGAAUAAAUGUUUUAAAGAUA